AGGAGAAGCGGGCCCGAGCCCAUUCGUCCCAACUGACCGCCCGUCCCCCUCCCGCGACGGCAAUCAGCCAACCACACGCCGGUGAGGCGGUGACGACGUUCCCAGCUCUCAGGCGCCUCUCACUCGCUCGCGUUGGCUGCCAUGCUGCCCCUCGCUCACCCCGCCCGCCACCUCGACCUCCGCCCCCCGCUUCCGCGGCGCGCUCCCGCUCGAGCUCGCCUCCCCAACCGCGCCAGCGCCCGGACCCUCGCCCGAGGGCGCCCUCCCAGCACGGGGGCGGUCGAAACUGAAACCACCUCUACGAGCGGCGGCGGCGGCGGUGGCGGUGGCGGUGGCGGCGGCAGCGUCUUGUCGUUCCUGUGCCCGCUUCUCAAGUUCCUCGGGGGGGGCGAUCUGUCGCAGGAACGGAAUGACAUCGUGGAGGUUACCACAUCUUCGCUUUCAAGUUUAGCUAGAUUGCCAUGGGGAUCAAGUGUAGCUACUAACAGUGGAGAGAACAUUGAUUCAGCAACAAUUGCGCCAACUCUGCAAUUGUACGAGUUUGAGGCAUGUCCCUUCUGUAGGAGAGUCCGGGAGGCCUUGACUGAACUUGAUCUUUCUGCAGAGGUUUAUCCUUGUCCAAAAGGAUCAUUAAGGCACAGAGAUGUGGUCAAGAAAAUUGGAGGGAAGGAACAGUUUCCACUGCUUGUUGAUGCUGGUACUGGUGUUACAAUGUAUGAAAGUGGAGAUAUUGUGAAGUACCUGUUCACCCGGUAUGGACAAGGAAGGAGCCCUUCUUUUGGAAUCCUUGAGAGUACAAUUUUCACAGGAUGGGUGCCGACUCUUCUAAGAGCCGGAAGAGGAAUGACAUUGUGGAAGAAAGCUGGUCUUGUACCUGCUGAGAAGUUGGAACUCUUCUCGUAUGAGAACAACUCUUACUCAAGGAUUGUUCGUGAGGCACUCUGUGAAUUGGAGCUUCCUUAUGUUCUCCAGAACGUGGGAGAAGGAUCGUCAAAGAUGGAUUUGCUUCUAAGGAAAUCGGGUUCUAAACAGGUGCCGUAUCUGAUUGACCCUAACACUGGAUUCCAAUCGGGGGACCAUAAGAAGAUACUGUCCUACUUAUUCCAACACUACUCGAUUAGUAGCUAGUUACUAUCUCAGUCUCUAAACACACUCAGUCUCAGAAAUUUGUUGUCCAGUAGAAAGCAAACAUCCACAGCUUAACUGUAUAUGUAGUUAUGUACCAUGCUGUGAUCUUAGCUCCGCAAUGCCAGCGAUUUGUGGUUCUUGCGUCGCUUUUGAUCAUACAGCUAUACAAAGACGAGUGACGCGUGAAAUGGCAUGCACUGGCCCAAUGUAUCAGACGUGGUAUUUAAUUUUCUGUAUAUGUUUGGUUGCUGUACUUA